AUGAUGCUAGCCCAUCAAAAAGAAAGGCCCAACAUCACCGCCGCCGCCCCUGCGCCUUCUUCUCCUUCCCGGCGGCGGCGCAAAGCAACGGCAGCCCAUCCUAUAUCUCCGGCCGCUGCGCCGUCCCUGAACGGGGACGGGUAUGGUGGUAUGGAGGAGACGGCGAGGCAGCUCAUCGCUCGCCUUGCCGCCACCCCGGACUCUGCCGUGCGGGGCCUGCCCUUCCUCCACCGCGCCCUCACCCUCCCCCUCCUCUCCGCCGCGUCCGCCGCGCUCCGCCUGUCCCUGCUCCUCUCGCGGCUCCGCCCGCGCCGCGCGCUGCCCGUGCCCGUCGUCAGCGUCGGCAACCUCACUUGGGGUGGCAAUGGCAAGACGCCCAUGGUCGAAUUCUUGGCCCGCAGCUUCCACCGCCUCGGCGUCUCUCCACUAAUUCUGACAAGGGGUUAUGCAGGCGGCGAUGAGCAAAAGAUGCUCCGGAGGCGCCUUUCUGAUACUUCGGCCAAGAUCGGGGUAGGUGCAAAUAGAACAGCAGUGGCUUCUUCCAUGCUGCAAGAAUAUGGCUUUACUCACCAUUUUCAGACCACCUGUGCCAAGAAGAAGCUUUCAUCAGCCUGCAAAUUGGAAUCUGGUAGUAGGAUUGGGGUAGCCAUAUUAGAUGACGGUAUGCAGCAUUGGAGCUUGCUCCGAGAUGUGGAGAUUGUGAUGGUUAAUGGGUUGGCUCCAUGGGGAAACACCCAUUUCAUUCCACGAGGACCCAUGAGAGAACCUCUGAGCACACUUGGUCGAGCUGAUAUUGUGAUCAUCCAUAAUGCUGACAUGGCUUCUGAAGCGCAACUUAAAUCAAUAAGGUCCACAAUAGAGGAUAAUAGCGCAACAUGCUCAGUGUUCUACAGCAGAUUGGCUCCAUCACAUCUUUUUGAAGUUAAGCAACCAUUACAGAGACUUCCCCUUAAUGUGUUGAAUGAUAAGAUUGUGCUAUGUGUUUCUGCAAUUGGCUGUCCAAAUGCUUUCAUUCAUACAGUCAGAGAGAUUGGUCCACUCAAAGUUGAUAGGUUGGAUUUCAGUGACCAUCAUUUCUUCAAUGCUCAUGACCUAGAGAUAAUCCAAGAAAUGGUGAGGAAUCUCAUGGACCAGCACAGCAAAGAUAUCAUAGUCUUAGUUACUGAGAAGGAUUAUGACCGUGAUCCAGCGGCCCUUAGGACAUUGGAUGCAAAGGUUUGGGUGCUGUCUUCUUCAUUGCAGAUUAUGCCUCACAAGGAACAAGGAGAAGAUGAAUUCAUGGGGAAAGUUGACGAGAUUAUCACGAUUACUGGGUGUGCAAAGUCACAUGCGGUGGAUCGGGCCACGAGUUGCUGA